CACACACCUGGUCACCGGGCAAACUGAAGGUUGGCCACUUGUACCCCACCCCGCCUCGUCUCAUUGGUCUGGGCACGGUCAUCCAACUCAACUCAUCAGUCCUCGUGCCAGCAGCCGGUUUACCCUCCACUUCCACGACGGUUAACUUUGAUCACUGAAACGAUUCCCUAUUUUUCUCCCCUCCCGCUCAUUGAAGAACCAAUCUUGGGCUGUGAUUUUUUUUUAUUUCAAUUCGCUGAUUGACAAACCAUCACUUGUUUGCUUUCGCGCUCAGUCACUAUCCAACCAGAACAAUCGUCAAGAUGAGCGCUGCUGGUUACUACAACAACCAAGGCGGCCCGCCUCCAGGCCAGUACAACUCGCCUCCUCCGCCCCAGCAGGCAUACUAUCCACCCCAAGGCGGCCCUCCUCCUCAGGGCGGAUACUAUCAGCAGGGCCCCCCGAUGCAGUAUCAGCAGUACCCGCCCCCUCAAGGCCAGCCGCAAAAACAGAGCGGCGGUGCUGGUAAAGGCUGUCUUGCUGGUCUCUUGGCGGCCUGCGCAUGCUGCAUGUGCUGUGAUUGCAUCGAGGACUGUUGCUCUUGCUUCUUGGAGUGUUAAUCCUGGUCUUAUUGACGGGAUAUUGUGAAGCGAUUUCAUGGUUGUUUUUGUGUUCUUUUUUCACCGUAUGGUUUGUGGUGGCUAAGCCACAUAUUUUCUGGUCUUGCCAAUCUUGUAAUAGCGUGAUGUACAUAAGGUUGGGCAGGUUGUCUAGUUGAGAAAUAAAUGGUCAAAAUCCUCUCACAGGCCGUGAUACUAUUUGAUAGGUAUCCGUAUAUAAAUUAUCUGGA